AUGCUAUACGACGAUCUACGAGGCAUCCAUGAAGAUCUGGAGCGAUUGGAAGCGGGCAUAGCGGACAGAGUAUUAGAAGACCCCAAACUCAAGAGGCGUGCCAGAUUACAACGAGAACAUGAGAUUGCCAAUCUAGUAUCACGGUUUAAAACUCAAUCCGAGCGAGCUCGCCAAAUUUACCUGGACCAAAAAGUAGAAAGGACGCAAGAGUUGCAGAGCAUUUCCACCGGUGACACCUUUGAAUCCUUCUUCAACGCCUACCAGGAAACCAAGCAGUUCCACAAACGCUAUCCGAAUCAGCAAGUUGACAAUCUCGAGCGCGCAUACAAACGACCCGAAGAUGGCGGGCCUCACAAUGGUGACAUGGACGUUGGCAAGCUGUUCCGAGGGGAGGAAAAAUUUGGAGAGUUCUUCGACUUGACAUUACUGCACGAGGAGUAUCUGAAUUUGCCCGGAAUCCGCGGUGUGAAGAAACAAAAUUAUCUCGCCUACUUGAGCUUGUUCGAUGUCUUCACACCGCCGAAAUGUCCAAUCACUCGUAAAGACAAGAUGACCGACGAAUACUUCUCAUACGUUCGAUCGCUCGCGGAAUACCUAGAAUCGUUCUAUCAGAAGACGAAGCCUCUUAACGACUCGCGCAAGCUGUUUCAAGAGUUCGACGAUGAGUUCGAUCAGUUAUGGGAAAAGAACGAGGUUCCGGGAUGGGAGAAAGUGGCCGCGCAAGCAAAUGGCACCGCCUCAAAUAAGCCCGCAACUGAGGGCACUGGGGUGGGGAUCUGGUGUGCAGACUGCCUGAAGGAAUUUUCAAACGACAGCACGUACAAAGCGCAUUUGACCGGCAAAAAGCACAUCAAAAAUGCCGAGGCCAGGCAAACGGCUGGUGAUUCAGACGACAACGGGAAAUCAGUAUCAAAAUCAGACCAUGUCACUCGCUUAAAGGAGCGCGCGGUAGCUUCUCGAGAGCACCGCAUCCGCAAACUUGCCAGUACAAUGCAGACCGAGCGUGAAGGCACUCUCAUGAAUGUGGAGCGCCGCGAAGGCAUGACGGACAAGGAACGACAGCAGGAGAUUGAAGCUCUCUAUGCCGAAGAGACGGAUGAAGCUACUACCCAGAUCGAAGAAGACGAAGAGCAAGAUGGCGACGAGAAGGUCUACAAUCCGCUCAAGUUGCCUCUCGCCUGGGACGGCAAGCCAAUCCCAUUCUGGCUCUACAAAUUGCACGGCCUCGGGGUUGAAUUCCCCUGCGAGAUUUGUGGCAACUACGUUUACAUGGGUCGGCGGGCCUUUGAUAAGCACUUUUCAGAACAACGUCACAUCUACGGCCUGAAUUGUUUGGGCGUCAACAAGAACACUUCGCUUUUCCGCGAGAUCACUAAGAUCGACGAGGCCCUCAAACUUUGGAACAAGAUGCAGCGUGAUCUGGCGGACGAGCUGGAGCGCAAGGGCGGCGAGAACGGUGAUGGAGUUAUCGAGAUGGAGGACUCGCUGGGUAACGUCAUGCCCAAGGCCGUGUACGAAGACUUGGCUACGGCCGGAUUGCUGUAG